AUGGAAAUUCCUAUAAAAUAUAAAGACUUUUCGCGUUUGUCGAUGGACGAAAAAUUAGAAAUUAAAGAAACUGGACGUCCAAAACCGGAAUUAAAUAUAGAGUGUUCUUCGAAAAGCCGCGGCAAAACCUACAUUAGAAAAUUUAACGUAAACAUUUAUUCUAAGUACAAUUGGAUUUGUGGUUGUGACAUUAAACAUAAAUUAUUUUGUUUUACUUGUGUACUGUUUGGUGGUGAUGUGCAUUGGACAAGCCAUGGUGUUAGUGACUUAACGCAUUUAAGUGAAAAGGCUAAGGCUCAUGAAAAUUCAAAACAACACAUAAGUAAUGAGAUGCGUUUUGCCUUGUUAGGAAAAGUGAAUAUACAAGAACAACUUGACACGGCGUUUUGGCAAAAUAUAGCUGUUCAUAAUGAAAAAGUUGCAAAAAACAGGUUAGUGCUUUCAAAAAUUAUAGAUGCUAUAAAAUUUUGCGGCAUGUUUGAGCUUGGAUUAAGAGGCCACGAUGAACGUGAAACUUCAAAAAAUCCUGGAAUUUUUCUAGGUCUUAUCAAUUAUACUGCUGAACUGGAUAAAACAUUAAAAGAACAUUUAGAAUCCUCUACUGUUUUUAAAGGAACAUCGAAAGAAAUCCAGAACGAUUUACUAGACUGCAUUUUCGAAGUUUAUCGAGAAACAGUUACCAGGGAAAUACAUGAUGCGGAUUUCUUGGGGGUUAUGGCCGACGAAACCACCGACGUUUCUUCAAAACUUCAAACAGUUCUGGUUUUUCGUUAUAUUAAAGGAAGCACAGCAGUUGAGCGAUUUUGGGGCUUUUUUACCAGCGCUCAACAAACAGCUGAUUCGCUUAGCUCCCUCAUUUUAAAUGAACUCCAACCCUUGGUAGGGCAAAAUCCAAAUAAAAUGAUUGCUCAAUCGUACGAUGGUGCAGCAGUAAUGAGCGGGAGACAUGGAGGAGUUCAGGCUAAAAUUAAGGCAAAAUAUCCCUUAGCUCAUUUUGUGCAUUGUUAUGCACACAAGUUAAAUUUAAUAAUGACACAAGCAGCCUCUCAAAACAGUGAUGUUCGGAUAUUCUUUGGAAACCUCUCUGAAAUACCAAUAUUUUUUUCUAACUCUAGUCAACGAGUCCAUUUUUUGAAUAAAGUAGUUGGGCGUAGAAUUCCAAGAUCUGUGCCCACUAGAUGGAAUUUUAAAAGCCGCACAGUAAAUGUUGUUUUUGAAUAUAGGGAAGAUUUGAUAGAAUGUAUGGAAGAAAUCGAAGAAACAUCUGGUAUUAAUACUACGACAAAAAAUCAGGCAGGAGCAAUAAGAAGACUAUUGCAAGAAAGAUCGUUUGUCUUUUGGCUUACCCUAUUUCACUACAUUAUGCCUCAUGUAGAUAUUUUGUAUAACGAACUACAAAAGAAUUAUAGACUCCGUUGA